AUGGAGUUGCCCGACGAUGUUCGCCAUAUAGUCGAUCAGGCCAGCUUUGGCAUUUUCUGCAUGGGACUCUCGCGCCUUACUGCGAGUAGGCCCCCUCUAGGUGCGCUAGUGGAGAGGUGGUGGGACACCACCGAUUCCUUCCACCUUUUUGCUACAAGGGAGAUGACGAUGACUCCCUUCGACUUCUCCAUGCUCACCAGUAUCGGAGUUGAAGGUGAUCUGAUUCCCUUCGACACCGAUAUGGGUGAGUGGGAUGCUGCCCAGAUCUACUUGCUCGACGCUCGACCACCUCUCUCUUGGCCAAGGUUUGUGAGAUAUUCUUGGUUCGAGGACCAGUUUCGAAUACAGGCGCCUACGACUCGUGAGGAGGUGGAGCAGUACGCUCGAGGAUUCAUCAUGUUAUUGCUGGGCACCACCUUAUUCGCCGACCGGGUGAACACUGUUGCCCUAUAUCUACUGAGCACGCUAGUGGAUGUGACAUGGAUCAUGCGCUACGACUGGGGUGGCGCAGGCCUAGCCACGUUUUACGGAUACAUGAGCUCUUUAUCCCACCGCAGCAGACAUCUGCUUGGAGGCUAUUGGCGAGCCUGGGAGUUGUGGGUGUAUGCCUAUUUUCCGAGGCUUGCUCCAGAGCCAAAGGUGGAGAUGCCUCUUGCUGUCCUAUUUUCUCAUCGAUUCGAUGUGAGGUGCGAGCGGAGGCCGCAGGAGUCUUUCCUAUUCUUCCGCAGAUACUUCGACACCGUUACCGCCGCAGAGAUUACCUGGCAACCCUGGGCUGCGUUGUCGGAGGCAGUUAGAGACUAG